AUUUUCAAGGAUACAUACAAACACACUCCCGUUAUUAUCGACAGUUACAUUUGUUCAGUUUGACUCGAUAACCAAGGUGUUUGGUGCCUGGCUGCUUGAUUUCCAAUCCGAUAAAACAAAGCAAAGCAAAAACAAUAAAAACUGAAUUUUUUUUUUAAAAAAACACCAGUGAUAAUCUCUCUCAGGCAACCCAAGAAGCCAGACAAGGAGAUAACGAUGAAGCAUCUUAGGGUUUUCUUCUUCGCUCUCCUCCUCCUCGCUUCUCCUCUCCUUCAAGUUGCUACGUGUCAGUCAGAUUCAGAUGCUGAAGUCGCAGAGACUGCGGAAGAAGUCAGUGAUCUUGGGAUUGUUGGUGAGGAUGCACAGGAUUUUGGUGAUGCGAAUUUUAGCCCAGCUCCAGGAGUCGAGACAGUCUGUGUUUUCCCCAAAAACAGUGCACGUUUGGUGACGGCUGGAGAAGAGACUGAACUAUUAGUUGGAAUGAAAAAUGAUGGGGAGUUGCCCAUAACUGUCAUUGCAAUUAGGGCCAGUGUUCAUCUUCCUUUUGAUCAUAAGCUACUGGUUCAGAAUCUCUCUGCUCAGGGCUUCAACAAUGCAACUGUUCCAGCCUCUGCUCAGGCUACCUUCCCAUAUAUCUUUGGUGUCAGCAAGUACUUGCAGCCCGGAAGCUUCGAUCUUGUAGGCACCAUUGUUUACGAGAUAGACCAGCAUCCAUACCAAAGUACCUUCCACAAUGGUACCAUUGAAGUUGUUGACUCUGGUGUUUUCCUAAGCAUGGAGUCAGUUUUUCUUAUUACCCUUGGAAUUGCCCUUCUUGUCCUCUUUGGUCUAUGGGUUAAUGGUCAAAUACAGAAUCUUUCUAAGAAAACUAAGAGGGCUCCGAAAGUGGAGGUUGGAACUGGGACUAGAGAUGCCUCCAUGGAUGAAUGGCUUGAGGGAACAGCAUUGGCCAAGUCACAAUCCCAGAAGUCAAAGAAGAAGAAGUAAACAGUGGCGCAUACCCAGUUUCAGCUGGGCAAGGCACUGUAGAAGAGUGCAAGCUCUUGUAACUGACACUAGGCAUUUGGAAAUUCUAAGAGAGCCCAUGAAAUGAAUUAGUCCUGAAAUUUAGUUCACUAAAGUCCUGCCUCGCAUUUGUAGCAUGUGAAAGAAAUUUUCUAGUUUUUUAUUUCCUGGUGAAUUUUUGAAAGUUGAGCCUUUUUGAAGAAAACUCCGAGGUAGGAAGGAUAUCAUUGUCGUGAAUUUAGCGAACUGCCUUAUAUAUCACACGUUCUUUUUUAUUAUUUCA